AUGGUUUUAACACAUAUAUUUAAAUUUCGUAUUUUUUAUGAACCAACCCAUUCUUUCUUUGUUUACAGAUAUAAAUCAUAUAAUAUGAAAAUAACUGCCAACAAUAUGGCCAAUAAUUUUAUAGAAAAACAAUAUAAUAACAUAAUUAAAUCACCAAAUGAUAAAAGAGAAUACAGAGGUUUAUUACUUAAUAAUAAAAUGAAAGUUUUAUUGAUUAGUGAUCAUACAACUGAUAAAAGUGCCGCAGCAUUGAAUGUGAAUAUUGGUUAUUUAAGUGAACCAGAUGAUUUACUAGGUUUAGCACAUUUUUGUGAACAUAUGUUAUUCUUAGGAACGGAAAAAUAUCCAGAAAAAAAUGAUUAUAAUAAAUAUUUAUCACAAAAUGGUGGUUCAUAUAAUGCAUCAACACAUAUGGAUCAUACACUUUAUUAUUUUGAUGUACAUGCAGAAAAAUUGAGAGGUGCAUUAGAUCGUUUUGCACAAUUUUUUAUUGCACCACUUUUUACAGAAGCUUUAACUGAUUUAGAAUUAAAUGCUAUUCAUUUGGAAUGUGAGAAAAAUAUAGCAAAUGACACAUGGCGCCUUGAUCAAUUAGAAAAAUCAUCUGCUGAUCCAAAUCAUCCUUUUUCAAGGUUUGCUACUGGAAAUAAGGAAACCUUAGAUGUAAUUCCAAAACAAAAAGGAAUAAAUGUAAGAGAAAAAUUACUUGAAUUUCAUAAUAAAUUUUAUUCUUCUAACAUCAUGGCAUUAUGUGUACUUGGCAAAGAGAAUUUAAAUGAACUUGAAAAAAUGGUAGUAGAGUUAUUUUCUAAAGUGAAAAAUAAAGAAAUUCCAGUACCUACUUGGCCAAAACAUCCUUUUAAUGAACAACACUUCCAACACAAGUGGUAUAUUGUUCCAAUAAAAGACAUUAGAAGUUUGUAUAUUAUAUUUCCUAUACCUGAUUUACGAGAACAUUACAAAUCGGCGCCUGCACAUUACAUUUCACAUUUAUUAGGACAUGAAGGUGCAGGAUCACUCUUAUCUUUAUUGAAAGCAAAAGGAUGGUGUAAUUCAUUAGGAUCAGGUAAACGAUUAGGUGCGAGAGGUUUUAGCUUCUUUGUUGUUUUCGUUGAUUUAACAGAAGAAGGUAUUCAACAUAUUGAUGAUAUUGUUCUAUUAACCUUCCAAUAUAUUAAUAUGUUAAAAAAAAAUGAGCCAAUUGAAUGGAUUUACAAUGAAUAUAAAGAUGUAGCAAAUAUAAAUUUCCGAUAAGAAAAAAGUUAUCCUUGUGAUUAUGUCAGUGGUUUAGCACAAAUAUUAUAUGAUUAUCCAAUAGAAGACAUUUUAAUAGUAGAACAUCUUUUUCUACAAUGGAAACCAGAUUUAAUUAAAUGUAUAAUGGAAUUUUUGAAACCAGAAAACGUUAGAAUUCAUAUAGUUGGAAAGUUAUUUGAAAAUAUAGCUAAUGAAACCGAAAAAUGGUAUGGUGUUAAAUUUAAAAAAGAAAAGAUAUCACAAGAUAUUAUAAAUAAAUGGAUUAAUGCUGGUUUAAACCCAGAUUUAAAAUUACCACCAAAGAAUGAGUUUAUACCAGAAAAAUUUGAUAUAAAACCAAUAGGAGAAAAAACAUCCAAAUUUCCAGUUAUUAUUGAAGAUACUUCGUUAAUAAGAUUAUGGUUUAAGCAAGAUGAAGAAUUUCUUAUACCCAAGGCUAAUUUAUUUCUUGAUUUUGUCAGUCCACUAGCAUAUUUGGAUCCUCUUAGUUAUAAUCUAACAUACAUAUUUGUAUUAUUAUUUCGUGAUGCUUUAAAUGAAUUUGCAUAUGCUGCUGAUAUAGUUGGUCUUAAAUGGGAACUUACUAAUAGUAAAUAUGGGAUGACAUUGGGAAUUGUUGGCUAUGAUGAUAAACAACGUGUUUUACUAGAUAAAAUUAUAGAUAAAAUGCUUAAUUUUAAAGUUGAUCGAAAAAGAUUUGCAAUUUGGAAAGAAAAUUAUUCUAGAAGUUUAAAAAAUUAUAAAGCUGAACAACCAUAUCAGCAUGCAGUUUAUUAUCUUGCUGUAUUAUUGUCAGAACAAAUUUGGAUGAAGGAUGAAUUAUUAAAUGCCUUGUCUUAUUUAACUGUUGAAAAAGUUGAAAGUUUUAUUCCACAAUUUUUAAGUAAAAUACAUAUGGAAUGUUUAAUACAUGGUAAUAUGACAAUGUCAGAAGCUAUAGAAACAGCAAGACUGAUAGAAUCAAAAUUAUCAAAUGCAAUUCCUCAUAUAAUUCCACUUUUAUCUAGACAAUUAAUUUUACAUCGUGAAAUCAAAUUAGAAGAUGGUUGUCAUUUUUUAUUUGAAGUGCAAACUAAAUAUCAUAGCAGUUCAUGUACACAAAUUUACUGCCAAACUGGUUUACAAUCAACAGAAUCAAAUAUGUUGCUAGAACUUUUAGCACAGAUUUUAUCAGAACCUUGCUUUACUACAUUAAGAACUAAAGAACAAUUGGGAUAUAUAGUAUUUAGUGGAGUUCGAAGAACAAAUGGUGCACAAGGUUUAAGAAUUAUAGUUCAAAGUGAUAGACAUCCUAAAUAUGUUGAACAAAGAAUUCAUACAUUUUUAAAUUCUAUGUUGCAAAAUAUAUCAUCUAUGACAGAAGAAGAAUUUAAUGCACAUAAAGAAUCAUUAGCAAUACGACGACUUGAAAAACCUAAACAAAUGACCACUUUAUCUUCAAUAUUUUGGAAUGAAAUUGUAUCACAACAAUAUAAUUUUGAUCGAGCAAAUAUUGAAGUUGCAUAUUUAAGAACUAUAACAAAAGAACAAAUAUUAGAGUUUUAUAAAAACAUACUUCGAAACGAUAUUCAACGUAAAUUAUCAGUACAUGUAAUUUCUACAUUAAAAAAUCAAAAUUCAAACAAUGAAAAAGUAGUGGAAGCCAAUAAAAAUACUGAGCAAUCAAAUGAAAUAAAUACUAUUGAAUAUAAAAAAAUUGAUGAUAUUUUGUCUUUUAAAAUUAGUCAGAAUUUAUAUUCAUUGCCAAAACCAUUUACUGAUGUACCAAGGAAAGGAGUACAUUCGUCAAAAUUAUGACCAGCUUAAUAAUUGUGAAUAUGUGUUUAAUCAUGUCAUUCUAUCAGGAGAUUGUAGUGAAUAUCAAAUAAAUAAAUAAUUCUAACAUAACUCUGUUACAUAAACAAAAUUGUUUAAAAUAUUAAACAAUUUUUUGAAGAUAUUAAUUUUAUAAAUAUUAAUAAAUAGAAAAAUAAAAAAAGUAGUAAGUACAUUAAAUGGAAAUGUUAAAUAUAAUAAUAAAAAAUAUGUCAAACAUAUAAUGAAGUUACAUAUGUACUUUAUUUAUUUCUAUAUAAAUCUAUAAAUAAAUAUA